UAAUCAAUCCAUCUACCCCCCAACUAACUCACUCUCAAACACAGCCACCUUAAUUACCAAUUAGUAAGCACCGCCACAGUAGUCGCUAAUUACAUUUCACGUAAUGGCUCAAUCGUCCAUCAUAAUACUCUGCAUCUCCGUCGCCGCGGCGUUCACCGUCUUCCUCCUCCUCCUCCUCUCCACCACCGAUCAUCGCAGCCACACUACCACCAAUGUCGCUCGACGUGGUCUCGAGAAUCUGCCUCACGCGCCGGCGAAACGCUUCUCCCACGUCUGCGGCUCCGACAAGGCCGCCGGCCUGGCGUUCUGCGACCGCUCGCUGCCGUACGACGUGAGGGCGGAGGAUCUGAUCGCGCGGAUGACGCUGGAGGAGAAGACGCAGCAGCUCGGCGACAAUGCGCGUGGCGUGACGCGCCUGGGCCUCCCGCCGUACGAGUGGUGGUCGGAGGCGCUCCACGGCGUCUCCAAUGUGGGCCCGGGGGUGUUUUUCGACGGCGUGGUCCCCAGCGCCACGAGCUUCCCCACCGUCAUCGUCACCGCGGCGUCGUUUAACGCAACGCUCUGGAAAGCCAUUGGUCAGGCCGUGUCGACGGAGGCGAGGGCCAUGUACAAUUUGGGCCGGGCCGGGCUGACGUUCUGGAGCCCGACGAUGAACGUGGCCCGGGAUCCGAGGUGGGGCCGAACAAUGGAGACACCUGGCGAGGAUCCAUUCGUCGUCGGCACUUAUGCGGCCACGUACGUGCGAGGGUUGCAGGAUGUGAUCAGUGAAUGUGGGGAGGUGGAGAAAUCCGGGAAAGGUUCGGAUUCCAGGCCUUUGAAAGUGGCGGCUUGCUGCAAGCACUACGCGGCUUAUGAUAUGGAUCACUGGCAUGGAAAAAGUCGUUACCGUUUUGAUGCCAGGGUGAGAGAGCAGGAUAUGGUGGAAACAUUUGUUCGACCAUUCGAGAUGUGCGUGAAAGAAGGGGACGUGAGCAGUGUAAUGUGCUCGUAUAAUCGGGUGAACGGAAUUCCCACUUGUGCCGAUCCUAAACUUCUGAACGAGACAAUCAGAGGCCGGUGGAAACUCAAUGGGUAUAUAGUAUCGGAUUGUGACGCAGUCAAGAACAUCGUUGAGCAUCAUAAAUACUUAAAUGAUACUCCAGAAGAUGCAAUAGCACAAACACUGAAAGCAGGCCUGAAUUUGGACUGUGGGAACUACUUCCCCAAAUACGUUGGCCAAGCAGUGCAUCAAGGCAAAGUCGGCGCCAACCUCAUCGACGCCUCCCUCAAAUCCCUCUACGUCGUCCUCAUGCGCCUCGGCUAUUUCGACGGCUCGCCGGAAUACCGCCACUUGGGCAAACAGCACAUCUGCACGCCGGAAAACACCCAACUCGCCGCCGAAGCGGCGAGGCAGGGCAUCGUCCUCCUCCGAAACGACCAACACACUCUGCCUCUCGCCGCCGGCAAGACGAAGACCCUCGCCGUCGUGGGCCCGCACGCGAACGCCACGCUCGCCAUGAUCGGCAACUACGCGUUCGACCCCAACCGGCCGGGAUUCCCCUGCCGCUACGUCUCCCCUGUUUCGGGGCUCUCCUCGUACGCCAAAGUCAGAUACUCCCCUGGAUGCGCCGGCGUCCGAUGCCCGGACAAGACCAUGAUCGCCCACGCAAGGAAGACAGCCAGAGCGACCGACGCGACGGUGAUCGUCGCCGGAAUCGACGUCUCCGUCGAGACGGAAGGGCUGGACAGGAACGAUCUCCUGCUUCCCGGGUACCAAACAGAGCUCAUUUCACAAAUCGCCAGAGUCUCCAAAGGGCCGGUGAUUCUCGUGAUAAUGUGCGCCGGCGGCGUGGAUGUCUCGUUCGCCAAGAACGAUCCCAAUAUCAAAGCCAUCUUGUGGGCUGGGUAUCCAGGGGAAGGCGGCGGGACUGCCAUUGCUGACGUCAUCUUCGGCCGGUACAAUCCCGGAGGGAGAUUGCCGUUGACUUGGUAUCCAGCAAACUACGUCGAAAAGUUGCCGAUGACGUCGAUGCCACUGAGACCGACCGGCCGGUUCCCCGGCCGGACUUACAAAUUCUACGAUGGGCCUUCCGUUUACCCAUUCGGAUUCGGCCUCAGCUACACGAGCUUCCUCUACAACCUGACGAAGCCCAAAAACUCCAUCAUCGACAUGAAGAUGAAGAAAAACAGAGUCGCUGCAGCAGGGUGCCACGAUGUGACCUAUGCCGACGGCCGAUCGCAGAAGCCGCGGUGCCCGGGAGCCCUGGUGAAGAAUCUGGAGUGCAAAGAGAAGCUGAAGUUCGAGGUUGCAGUGAAGAACGUCGGGGACAGAGACGGGAGCGAAGCCGUCUUGGUUUACUCGAGACCGCCGGAAGGGAUAGCGGGAGCCCAUUCGAAGCAGGUGAUUGGGUUCCGGAGGGUGUUUGUGAGAGCUGGACGGAGCAAGAAGGUGAAGUUUGCGGUGAAUGGCUGCGACGGCUUGGGGAUCGUCGAUGAGGCUGCUUACAAAGUUCUGCCGUCGGGGACACACACCAUCGUUGUCGGAGACAGCGGUGGCGUUACGUUCCCUGCUCAGGUGGCGUUUCACUGAGGAGGAGGGUUUUUAGUAGCCAGGAAGCAGAGUCGGAUUUUGAAUUUAGUUUAGAGCAUAGUUAGGAAGUUGUGUUCCGGCGGAUCGGUUCUUUCCUGGUCCAAGCAAAUGAAU